CUGGCCCUCCAGGAACAUGGGUUCCUCACCCCUGCCCUAAACCCUUAGCAACGGCAAAUGGCAUGCGACUUCAUCCAUUAUGGGCUGAACAAUCUAAUCUUGUUCUGAAUCUUUUGUGCUCUUCUGGUGCUAUAUUCUUAACCAGAGUGUCCCCACACUGAGCUGUACCUCUGUCAUGCAGGUGUCAAUUGUUGUGCAAAGCAUUAUGUUUUAAUUUAAAAUUGAAAUGACAUGUACACUGAGCCCUUCCUGUGUUUUUAUCCUCUCUCAUUAGCUGUCACAGUAGCUGCUAUGGUGUUCCAAAUUGUGGGCCUUUCCAUGUCUAUGGCGGGAUUGGUAGGCACCAUCUUGAUCUGCGCACUGCCCAUGUGGAGAGUGACGGCUUUCAUUGGAACCAACAUCGUGGUGGCCCAGGUCUUCUGGGAAGGGCUUUGGAUGAACUGCGUGUACGAGAGCACGGGGCAAAUGCAGUGCAAGAUCUACGACUCCCUACUGGAUCUGUCCCCUGAUCUCCAGGCUGCUCGAGGCUUGCUGGUCAUCACCAUAGUGUUGGCUUGUCUUGGCUUCUUGAUCUUCCUAGUGGGAGCUCAGUGCACCAACUGCCUGGAAAACAAAAAGGUCAAAGCCAGAAUCGUGCUCGUUUCUGGGAUCACCUUCAUCCUGUGUGGCGUCCUGACCUUGAUCCCUGUCUGCUGGACAGCCAACACUAUCAUCAAUGACUUCUACAAUCCUCUGGUCCCAGAAGCUCUAAAGAGAGAACUGGGGGCUGCACUCUUUGUGGGUUGGGCAACUGGCGGUUUCCUCUUAUUCGGGGGUGCGUUUCUCUGUUGCACCUGCCCUCCCAGAGAGAAAAACUACCCCAUGAGGUACACCCCCGCCAAAUCUACCACCCACAGCAGCUAUGCCAUAAAGAACUAUGUGUGAAAUCAUGUGCAGAUUGAUUGUAAGGAGAUGCUGGGAUUUCCCUUAUCAGAGUGGAAGUUUAGUCUUUCGUUGGAGUGUUGACUAUUACCGGUCAUGCUUUAGGGUAACAAUAUCUUCUACUUCAGUGAGGGUUAAACCUCAGCAUCAUCAAAAAGAGAAACGGUUUGCAUUUUGAUCCAAGGAACUCAGCAGAAACUUUCAUAGACUCCAAUUAACACUAAUCUUGGACUUACUUGCCUAAGAUAGCAUUGGUUCACAAUUAUUGCUAAUUGGGUUCUGUGAAACUCCCCAUUAAUUUGAUGUCUUCACACUUAUAAUUACAUCUCUACUGGCACAAAGGAGGUGCAUUUAGAAAUACUAAAAUAAAGCUUCUAAAUUAAUUUUAUUAAAGAACAGAGUGUGAGCAAACCAUUCUAAAAGGAAAUGAGUACCUGGAGGAUUUCAAAUCUGCUUUCAAAAACUGAACUGCCAAAACUGGACCACAUCUUAAGUGAAACAUGUUCUUACAUAUUAAUAACAAUGGAGCACUCUCACAAGUACUUGUGGUUUUUGCUCUUAAUAUUUUUAUUCUCCAGACUAUUUCUCUCAGAUCAAGCCUACUUUUCCAGCUACAGUGCUACAAGUUUAAUGGAAAUCCUUCCCUUCACUCUGUGUUACAGGUAAUAUGACCCCACCUGACACCACAGUUUUUGCAGCAUGUAAUACAGCCCUUAUAUAUAUAUAUAUAUAUAUAUAUAUAUAUAUAUAUAUAUAUAUAUAAUAUAUAUAUAUAUAUAUUGUGUUAACUUGUUGCGCUGUGGCAGGAGAAAUGGGCUGAAAAGAUAAUAAACAACAUUGUUUUAAUGCUAUAGAGAUAGAAAAAGAUGUCUGUUGAAUCCUGGUACCCUAAUGGGUCAUCAAAAUACACUCGGCUCUUACUGUGUUUUGUAGAAAAAAAGAUUUUUAGGGAUCCUAACACUUUAGUUAUACUUGAUUAUAAACAAUCUAUAAACAUGUUAUUAAUUAUGCUAUUAACAAUGAUAGAAUACAAUUACAAAUAAUAAGACUAUUAUGAUAUACUUUUUUUUUGCCAUGGUUUAUAAUCAGUUAUAAUGGAUAUAGUCUUUUCAGGUCUGUUUGUCUUUCUAUGCCUGCCUGUCUGUCUGUCUGUCUCACCAAUUGUAUGGGCCAGCUUUGCUUUUGCAAUAGAUAUUAUACACUUUUGCCAUAGUUUUUUUUUGCCAUUAUAACCAUUUAUAACGGGUCCCUAAACAAAAGUGUUACCGUGAUUUGUGUGUACCCUUUCAAUCAGCUAUUUCAUGAAUGCUUGUUAGCUUGAAAAUCCUUCAGGUUGUAUUAUGUUGCAAAUGUAUAUGUAGAGAUAUCCUGUAAAGGUACUACUUAUUUUUUUAUUAGCAUUGGUCUGAAAUCUAUUUUACUACAAUAGCACCAUAAUAGAGCUAAAGACUGGGUGCUGUUAUUAUAUUUUUCAAUGGAUCUGUACAUUUAUAUUUCUACUUUCACAGUUUAUGUGCUGCACAUGCAUCACAUGUUGGAGUUGGGUAUACAUACAAUUCAUUGUAAACUUGGAAUGGGAUAAACAGAGAUGGGGAGAAAAAUAUACCUUUACCUUUUUAUGUGGUUUGCAAUUAUUGUGAGGGGUCCUAAAUGCAAAUGUGCUUGAAUUCAAUGUGCUAUCUGUUUGAGAAUGUGCAAGUGGAAAUUUGCCUUUCCCACCCACUCAAAUGAUUUCUACCAACAGCGUGUAGGGCUAAAUUCACCUGUAGAAAAUGAAUUUAAUAAAGCGCUGUACAGUACGAUUUAAA